GUCUCUUUUGUUAACAUCUGCCAAAUAGUUAACAGAUAAAGCAUCUUUUCUCCCUCCCUUCCUCCAGUUUUUUUUUUUUUUUUUGGAACACCACGUUAUUUGACGAGUGAAAAAUAUGUAAAUUUGCGUAGGGUGAGAAUGCGCUUGAUAAUGUUGUUACAUGAGCACACUCCCCUGUGUUUGUAAACAGCACAAGUAUUCAGAAGAUUGCGAAAUAUCAGUCCUUCAUUUAAGUUAAGUUCCGAUUCUUCUAAAUUCUCUGUGCGAUACGUUGGGUUGACUGCUACAUGAGAAGAAGAAAAAAAAAAAAAAAAAAAAACUGAGCCGCUCCCCGCAGAACUGCACGGAGUAGAAUAAAUAAACCCGCUUAACCCCAAACUCAACGCUUUUUUAAAAUGAAAAAGACUAGUGUGUAUUUCUACAUCCCGAACAUUAUUGGCUACAUCCGAGUAAUACUGGCUCUGUGGGGGUUUAUGAUAUGUUGGAAGAACCUGAUUCUUUUUGCCGUUCUUUACGGCACUAGCCAAAUACUAGAUGCUUUCGAUGGAUGGACUGCGAGGAAACUGUCAACAACCCUGCUGUACCUCCUCAAUGGAAACGUCUACGAUGAGUACCUUAUUGCGAUAGGACUAAUCAUGAUUGCCGACAUAGGAGGGCAUUACUUUCACUCAUCAUCGUAA